AUGGUAUAUCAUCACUUCUAUCUUGUAACCAUUAUUCCUGUAAUUGCAUCAUGUGGAAAACUGAGACAUUCGCACAAAUACUAUGAUUCCAAUCUAAAAUCGUCAACUUCAUCCUUAUUUAGCAACCUUGGAGGCUAUGAUAGGUUGAAAACUGAAUCGGUAUCACCAUUACCCAAGACUGAGGAAUCUCAUGAAAUGUUGGAACCUAAAACUAAUUCAUUGUUUGACAUGCAAUAUAGAACAACAACUCCUCCAAAAUCAUCCUUUGAUAAUUCGUUCAUGAGUAAUCUCGGACUUUCACUGGGCUUAGAAGCAUAUCCUACUCUACAAUAUUUCCCCUCUUCUAUGACAAAUUAUCACAGCACUUUGAAGAGAUACAUAUCGAACUUCUACGACUCCAUCUUCAACGUUUUGAACAAUCUUGAAGACCAGAUUAGUAGGAAUGGGUCUUCGGAUAUAUUCCACUUCUCAGAUGCGUAUUUCUAG